AUGGGCUUUGGUCGAAGAUGGAGGGGCUGGGUGAUGGAGUGUAUUAGCACGUGCUCUAUGUCAAUGCUGAUAAAUGGCUCACCGUCCAAACUGUUCAAGAUGGAAAGGGGUUUGAGACAAAGGGAUCCUCUGUCACCAUUUCUCUUUGUACUUGUUGUUGAUAUCCUACAUAGGAUGAUUGGAGAAGCUGUGAGGAACUGGUGCAUAUCUCCGUUGAUGGUUGGGAGAGAUCAGAUUGAGUUGUCGCAUCUACAGUUCGCAGAUGAUACUGUGUUAUUCUGCCCACCAGAGGAAGACACAAUUAAGAACUACAGGAGACUGCUCAGAUGCUUUCAGUUGAUGUCAGGCUUAAGCAUUAACUUUGAUAAAUCUAGCCUGAUCCCUAUUAACUGUGAUGAGCAGUGGGUACAACGCAUGUGUGGUGUGCUGGGUUGUAAGCAAGCCAACUUGCCUGUUAAAUACCUCGGUAUCUGGCUAGGAGCAAACCCAAGGUUGGUGAAGACGUGGAAGCCAUUGAUUGACAAGGUGGAGGAGAAGCUCAGUCUCUGGAAGGCCAAAAUCCUCAAUAAGACCGGUAAGCUGGUACUUAUCAAAUCUGUAUUAAAUAGCCUACCGGUUUAUUAUAUGAGCCUCUAUAAGAUGCCAAAGGCUGUUGCAGAGAAACUGAUUUCCUUGCAGAGAAGAUUUCUAUGGAGUAAAAAGGACGAAAAGAGUGGUAUGGCGUUGAUUAAGUGGGAAGUGGUUCAGGCCCCUAAGAAGUUAGGUGGGUUGGGGGUUGGGGAUGCUAUGAUAAGGAAUUCAGCUCUUUUAUUUAAAUGGUGGUGGAGGAUCAAUGAUAGGGGACUGUGGGUUCUGGGAUGGGCUAGAUUGGAUAUGGAAUUUUCAGUGGAGGAGAGAACUGUUCCAAUAGGAAUUGGAUCUAGUAAAUCAGCUUCACCACACUAUGAGGCUGGUCAAACUUGA